AUCGCUGUUAGUAAAUUCAUAACCGAAGAAGAAGGGCAGGGGCUAGAGAUGUCGACACUGCAGCCGGGACGGAGAGUCGCCUUCGACAAGGCCCUCUUGUCUUCAGACUCCUCAGACGACGACCUGGCACCUGGUCGAACGACGCCCAGCGACGCGGGUUCCGGGCCGCCGUCCCACCGCCUACCGCGCGAGUAUCGGGUGUACCGCUGGAGAUGGCUGCUCCUCAGCUCCCUGUGUCUUGUCAACAUCAGCAAUGGCAUGAUGUGGCUGUCGUUUGCACCCAUCCCCAACUACACGGCUCGCUACUACAACGUGGAGGUGGCCGACGUGGACUGGUUCUCCAUCAUCUUCUUCCUGGCCUCUCUGGUGGUGGGGUUCCUCAGUAUCGCCAUAUUGGACACAUUUGGUCUCAGAGUUUCAGUGAGUAAAGAGUGGCAAAGGAGCUCAGUGUGCCAUAGUGGCAAGCAAUCCAUGGAAGUUUUUUCAGUUGGAAGUUCUUCUGUUCGCCUGCUGGCCUGUGUUUGUAUAGCAAAGGAAAAUGACGGAUUUCAUGCCGGUAGCAACUUGGAGAAAUCUGUACCUCGGGGCCGGGCUGAACCUCCUGGGCUCAGUCCUCCGCUACCUCAGCACCCUCGACCCCAUCGUCUGCUCCUCCGUCUUCUCAAGGUCAGGGUUCACCGUGGCCAUGAUCGGCCAGUUCCUCACGGCCUGUGCCCAGCCGUUCCUCUUGUACUCGCCCACCAAACUCGCCUCGUUCUGGUUUGGCCCCAAAGAGAGAGCAAUCUGCACAAACUUUGCCUCCAUAGGUGAGAUAUUCUGACGACCGUGUGUUUUUGUCUUCUCGUUGUGUGGACCAUCUUUCACGUGCUGUUGUUGUGUGUGUGUAGCUAAUCCGAUUGGCUUGGCAGUGGCUCAGCUGGCAUCUCCAUACAUUGUCACCUCUACCGAGAGAAUCCCAAUGAUGGUUAGAUACUCAUCUUCCUUUUUCUCCCCCUCUCUCAUUUUUGCCAGAGAAAAAAGUUUGCAUUACUUAAGGUUUC